GGAGGACAGUGUCCCGCUGAGAGAGACUGUGCUGCUUGAGGACCUCAGCCUCGUCCACUCCCAGGCUGUUGUCCAGACCAACAUCGUGGAGAUCAAACAGAUAGCAGAGAGGACCAUCAUCCACCCCUGUUUAGCACAGGAAGAGAAGGCCACAGUGGAGAAAGCUCAGAGCAGAUACAGAGAUGCUCAAUCAGUCCUCCAUCAGCAGCUGCUUCACAAUAGUCAGCAGUUGGAAUCUGAUUUUCCCAUCAGCCCCGGCAGCAGCAUCACCAGUAUCUCUUCCGACUCAUUGAGAAGUGAACUCCAGCAUCUACUGGCUCUUAAGGAUCAGACAGAGGCUCUGUGGUGUGACUUUGAGAUUCAGUUUUCCCAGAGUUCUCAGCACAUGGAGGAUGGCUGUAACAUGGAGCAGGAGAGACAUCAGCUCAUUCAACAGUGGAGGGAACAACAGAUAUGUGUUCAGGCCAGGGUGAAAUCCAUUGAAACUACAAUAGAGCUGCUGGAGUCAGUUGACAUUCAGAUCGCACUGAUUUCUGAUCAGCUCAAACAGAUCAGUCAGAAGCCUCUGAAUGUUAGAAACUUUGCUGUUGUUGAUGCCAGAAAUUUACAUGAAGAGCUAAAGUGUGUGGAUGAAAGUAUCAAGAAAGAGCUGUUUCUUCUUAACGAGAGAGAAAGUUUAGUAGGGGAUGGCACUGAUCUGAGUCACAUUGAGCUUCAAACUCAUCUUCCUCUUCAACAAACUCUCCACAACCGCACAAAAUGCCUGGAGCAGCAAAGACAUUGUGUGCAAAAGUCUGAGUCGGCUCUUGUGGCCCUCGAGAAGCUUCUUUCUCAUCUCCAGCAGCUGAACGAUGAAUUAAAUGCUCACAGGACGUCAGACCAAAGCUACAGUUCAGUGUCCUUCCAGAAAAGCCUUGAACAGGUCAGGGAAGAUUCGCUUCAGCUGGACACAAUGCUGGAUGAUGCUGGUCUAAGGAUCACACUGGAUGAUAAAGCAGGCAGCUGUGUUGAGAUGGUGUCAGCGCUGGAGGAGGGGUUCCAGGUCAGACUCGUUGAAGGACAGAGAGUGUCUGAUGGAGGGCGGAAGGGAAGAGAGAAGCAGGAGAAGAAGGAGGAGAGAGCGUUUGGGAGGAAGAGGAUGGGUCUGUUGGUCACAUUGAGGGAGGUGCUGGCAGCACUGGAGAGACAUGUGCUGAAGGAGCCCACACUUCCUGCUCUACAGCACAGAUUGCGCUUCCUGACAGACAUGGAGAGUAAACUGCAUGCACUCCGCUCAGAGAUUGAUGAUCUGCGAGAUGCGAACACAUCAGACACAAACCUCAGCGAGUUGCAGACGCAGUGGGAAACUGCACAUAGAUCAGUCACUGAAAGUCGUGAGCAGUGUGCUUCUCUGACCGAACUGCUGAAGAAGUUUCAGAGCUGUCGAAAUAAUUUGGGUGGCACUUUACAGAGAGCAGAGCAGACCAUUGGCGAUCAGGCCUCAUACAUGGGCAAAGACAACCUUCAGCUACUCAUCAGCAAGGUGAUAAGUAUAAAGUCAGAUCUCAGUGGUCUGGGAGAUGGGGUGGAGGAGUUCAGAUCUGUGUGCAGGCAGCUUCAGUCUCUGGUGAGAAGGGUCCUGGACUGUACAGACGCUCCAUUUGAAAGUGAAGCGGACACCCUCAUGGACCGCUGGCUGGAUGUGACUGAGAAGACAGACUGCUAUCUGGAUAACCUUCAGGCUGGCUUUUCUCUUUGGGAGAAGCUCCUCCUGUUGGCUGAAGAAGUGGAGGGCUGGAGUGCUCAAAAGCUCAUGACUCUUGCUCAGUCAAACCCCUUUCAGACAGAAGUGGAUGUUUCUGCUUUGCAGAAUGAGCUGAAGGUUCAAGAGGAGAACAUUAAUCAUUUCCAUCGUAGAUCUUCAGAGAUCCAGGAGCUUCUGCAGAGUCAAGAGUUUCCACUGGAGCUGCAGGUGAUUGAGAGCCAGCUGAGGAAGAAGGUGGCAGAGGUGAAGGAGCUCUUUUUUGAGACCAAAGAUGUGUUCAGACAGCUGGAAACAGCCAAAAUGCAGGUGGCAUCAGAGAUUGCAGAUCAUCUGUCCUCCCUACAGACUAUCACAGAUAAUCUGAACGCUCUGAACACAUCUGAAAGCACACAUGCCCUCAACUCCAUCCAGAGAUUAUCGGAGCAGCUGGAAGUGAAGGCUGAGCAGGCAGAUGCGUUACUGCAGCAGAUGGAUCUCCUUGCCAGCAUUGCAGGUCUGGAAAACCUGCAGACUCUUUCUGAAGCUGGUGCUCACCUUCAAGAAAGCAUUAGAAUUGCCAAAGAGCUUAAUAUAAAGAAGGGAGAACAAACAAUGAACCCAAACAAGCCUGUAACUUCUCAGCCUGUCGAAGAGUCUAAGCAUACCGAGGCCCAUAUUGAAAAAGUAGAAGAUACCACAGAGUUACAGACUGUAUGGGAUGAUAAAGCAGAUGAACAGUCACAGAGAAGCAAGGCAAAAGAUGCGGCUCUUGAGCAGAAGUACUUUAAAGAGGAUAUUCUUCUGUCUGAGGAUGAGAACUGGCGGGUCACACCUAAAGAGAGACUCACAUAUGCACAGUCCUUGUCUGAACCUGAAGUAAGAGAGGAUGACAGUAAAAUGACUUCUCCCUGUGGAAGCCCAAAGCCGAUCUUUACUAUAGUACUGGAUUCUGAUCUUAGCAAAUCCACCCAGAACCUGCCUGCACAAACUACCUCAGCUUGUUCAACUCAGUGGCAUACUGUUUCAGUGGUUCAUGAUAGGACCACAGAGAAAGCAGAUGAAAGUUUGACACUGGAGGCCAAACCAAGUGUUAGUGUAGCUGAAGAACAUGCUGUAUUAAGUACUUCUGAUGAAUCUCUUUAUAGUUUAUAUGCUAAUCUUUCUACAUCAGGUCCGCUUAAUGAAAACAAUCCCACUGAUGAUUCUGAGCCCACUUGUUCUGUUUCAGACCAGGAUUUUAAACCUAAAACUGAGAAGGGCUCAUCUACUAAAUCACUUGAGCAAAAGAUUUCACACACAUCGAUUUAUCAUGGAAGCUCUAAAACAGCAAAGAAAGUGUUUACCAUCAUCCUGGAUGCUGAUUCCCCAGAAUUAUCAUUAGUCCAAAGUCAGUCACUGUCGCAGAUGCAACGUUCAGGUACUGAAUUCUCAAGAACAGAUGAAUUCUCUCAUUCUAAUGUCAAAAAUCAACAGAGAAGUUCAUCUAGGACUGAGAAAGCUUUGAGAAAGGUUGCAGAAAAGGACAAUGUGAAAUCCAGUAGCUCUAAAACGCAGGAAGCUCUUCAACACAACAUCUCAGAGAUUAUGAAGACUGACAUUGAAAAAAAUGAAAAAGAGAAGCAAUAUGAAGUCAUGGACGUCCACAAAGGAGGAGACAGUGAACUAGGGUUUUUAGUACAUGAGCAGGAUGUCACAAUGUCUGAGAGUCGUGAUAAGGCUAAGAAAAUCCCAUCUGCAGUGCCCUUAAAUAAAGCAAAAACGCUUCAGAAACCUCAGAAUGUUGCUAAAGGUAGGAAAAAGAUCAAGAAAUCAGGAGAUGCAAAGAAAUCAGAUGGUUUCAGUGGUACAAAGCUUAAGACGUCUGAAUCUGAAUAUAAAAUGACAGCUGAUUCAGAAAGUCGUCAAACUUCUGAGAUCACAGUGCUGGCCACUAGAGAUACUUCACUGAAUGUGUCUUCAACUUGUAGUCAGUCAAAGAGUACAGAAGCCAAACUCACAGAAGCUGUGGACACCAAGACUUUAAAUCUGCAUACUGAAGCAAAGCAAAGACAUUUUGGUACUGUUGGGGUUGUUAAAUGUGCUUCUAUUGAAGCCACAGAAAUGAGUUUAGGAACAGGAGACAUUGUGCAGUCAAAACUCACAGAGAAAUCAAUGGCAACAGAAGCUUCACCAGUUAUGAGAGCUGAAUGUAUUACACAGAUUCCUGCUGCCAUUGUAGAUGUUAAUUCAACAACAUUGUUGUCAGACAGUCAUCAGUCACUGUUGCAGACACAACACACAGGUCUUAAAGACUCAAAAACAAAAGAAUUUGCCUAUAAAGAUGCCAAAACUCAACAGAGGAGCUCUGCUGGCACAGUGGAACCUGAAGAACAAGAGCCUGAAAGAUUGCUUUCAAAGAAAUACAAUGUGAAAUCACUUAGCUCUGUAUUACAGGAAGCUCUCCAGCCCAACACCUCUGAGAUCAUGGAGACUGACAUUGAAAAACGUGACAAAGAGAAGCAGCACAAAGUCACUGAUGCUGAAACAUCAAGUCAAAUAGGCGCCUGUGCUGAAGACAAUGAAUCAGGGAUCAAAACACUUAAGCAGGAUGUCACAAUGUCAGACAAACACACAUUUGCAGAACCCUCAAAUGAUGCAAACGCACUUCAAAAACCUCCAAAUGUUGCUAAAGGUAGGAAAAAGAUCAAGAAAUCAGUUGAUGCAGUGAAAAAAGACAAUAUCAGUAGUUUAAAGCUGAAGGCUUCCACAUCUGAACAUAAAACCAAAGCUGAGUUAGAAAGUCUUCAAACUUCUGAGAUGAAAGUACCGGACACUACAGAUACUUCACUGAAUGUGGCUUCAACCUGUAGUCAGUCAAAGAGGACUGAAGACAAACACACAGAAGCUGUGGGCACUGUGCAAGAAGAUGGGUUAAAUCUCCUGCAGACUGAGGCAAAGCAUGGUCUUUUUGGUACUGUUGCAGUUUCAGUUGUCGGAGGUGCUCCUAUUGAAGCCACAGACAUUGGUUUAGAAACAGCAGACAUUGUGCAGUCAAAACACACAGAGAAAUCAAUGGCAGCAGAUGCAUUACCAGUCAUGAGAGCUGAAGGUAUUACACAGAUUCCUGCUGUCGUUGUGAAUGUUAAAUCUCCAACGUUCAGUCAUCAGCCACUGUUGCAGACACAAUGUACAGAUUAUAAAGACACAAGAGCAGAUGUAUUUGCCCAUAAAGAUACCAAAACUCAACAGAGGAGCUCUGCUGGCACAGAGAAACCUGAAGAACAAGAGCAUGAAAGAUUUCUUUUAGAAAAGGACAUUGUGAAACCAAGUAGAUCUGAAAUACUGGAAGCUCUCCAGAUCAACACUUCUGAGAUCAUGGAGACUGACAUUGAAAAAGAGAAGCAGCAUGAAGUCAUUGAUACUGACACAUUAAGCCAAAUGUGCGCCUGUGCUGAAGAUAAUGAAUCAGGGAUUAAAACACUUAAGCAGAAUGUCACAAUGUCAGACAAAGACACAUUUGCAGAACCCUCAAAUGAAGCUAACACACUUCAGAAUCCUCCAAAUGUUGGUAAAGUUAAGAAAAAGAUCAAGAAAUCAGCUUGUGCAGAGAAAUCAGACAAUAUCAGCAGUAUAGAGACGCAGCAUAAAGUCACUGAUACUGAAACAUCAUGCCAAAUGAAUACCCGUGCUGAAGACAAUGAAUCAGGGAUUAAAGCACUUAAGCAGGGAGUCACAAUGUCUGAUAAACACACAUCUGCAGAGUCCUCAAAUGAAGCAAAUGCACUUCAGAAUCCUCCAAAUGGUGGUGAAGAUACAAAGAAGAUUAUUAGAUUGGCUGAUAUAGAAAAAUCUGACAAAAUCAGCAGAAGGAAAAUAAAAGCAUCUAGAUCUAAACAUAAAAACACAGAUGAUUCAGACAGCAUUACAUUUUCUGAAGUCACAGUGCCGGUCACUACUGAUACUUUACUGAAUGUGUCUUCAACCUGUAGUCAAUCAAAGAGUACAGAAAACAAUCUAACACACACUGUGCAGGAGACCUUGACUGCAAAAGAUGGACAGUUUAAGACAGUUAGCAUCUCACAUUGUAGAGGUGCACCUACCGAAGGCACAGACAGUUUGGUCUCAGGUGCAGUAGAAACUGCACAAUCAACACAUUGUGAGAAAUCAACGGCAACAGACGUGUCAUCAGUUGUGAGAAUAGAAACUAAAACACAGAUUUCUAACUUGAUCCUGGAUGUUGACUCCCCAGAGAUUUCUUCACACACACAGUGUGAAGCUCCUGAAAGCCCAAGAUCAGAUGAGUUUGCCCUUACAGAUUUCAGGAUUCAACAGAGGAGUUCUUCUGGCACUGAAAAACAUAAAAAACAAGAGCCUGAACAGAACUUGCUAGAAAAAGACUAUUUGAAAUCAAGUUUUUCUGUAAUACAGAAAGCUCUCCAGCCCAACAUCUCUGAAAUCACAGAGACUAUUGUCUAUGACAAUGAAAAAGACGAGCAGCAUGAAGACAUUAGUUCUGAAAUAUCAAGUCAAAUAAGUGUACUAAUGGUAGAAGGCAGUAAAUGUGGGUUUGUAGUACACAAGCAGGAUAAAACAAUGUCAGAGAGUCAUGGUGAGGCUGAUAAAAUCACAUUUGCAGAGCCCUCAAGUGAAGCAAACACACUUCAGAAACUUACAAAUAUUGCUAAAGGUAGGAAAAAGAUCAGUAAAUCAGCUCUUGCAGAGAAAUCAAACAAAACCACAAAUAGAAAUCAGAAGACAUCUAGAUCUGAACAUAAUAGUACAGCUGAUUCAGAAAGCCUUCAAACUUCUGAGAUCAUACUGCCAGACACUACUGAUACUUCACUGAAUGUGUCUUCAACCUGUAGUCAGUCAAAGACCACAAAGUCAGUGAGUUCAGAAGACAAACUCUCUGAGACUGUGGACACAGAGACUUUAAAUCUCCUGCAGACUGAAGCUAAGCUUGGACAAUUUGGUACUGUUGGAGUUGUUGAAUGUGCUCCUAUUGAAGCCACAGAGAGUGUGGUUUUAAAAACAGAAGACAGUGUACAGUCAAAACAUGCAGAGAAAUCAAUGCCAACAGAUGCUUCGCAAGUCAUGAGAGCUGAACAUAUUACACAGAUUCCUGCUGUCAUUGUAGAUGUCGAUUCACCACCAUUAUUAUUAUCAGGCAGUCAUCAGUCACUGUUGCAGGCACAAUGUACAGAUUCUAAAGGCUCAAGAGAAGACAUAAAUGCCUAUAAAGAUGCCAAAACUCAACAGAGGAGCUCUGCUGGCACAGAGAAACCUGAAGAACAAGAGCCUAAAGGUUUGCUUUUAGAGAAGUACAAUGUGAAAUCAAGUUGCUUAGUAAUACAUGAAGCUUUCCAUCCCAACACUUCUGAGAUCAUGGAGACUGACAUUGAAAAAUGUGAAAAAGUGAAGCAACAUGUAGUCACUGAUGCUGAAACAUCAAGUCAUAUGGAUGCCCGUGCUGAAGACAAUAGAUCAGGGAUUAAAACACUUCAGCAGGGAGUCACAAUGUCUGAGAAACAAACAUCUGGAGAGCCUUCAAAUGAAGCAAAUGCACAUCAGAAAUCUCCAAAUGUUGCUAAAUGUAGGAAAAAGAUCAAGAAAUCAGCUGAUGCAGAGAAAUCAGACAGUACCAGUAGUGUAAAGCUAACAUCCCAGCAUAAAAGGACAGCUGAUUCAGAAAGUCUUCAAACUUCUGAGAUCAUAGUGCCAGACACUACAGAUAUUUCAUUGAACGUGUUUUCAAGAUGCAGUCAGUUAAAGACCACAGAGUCACUAAGAUCAGAAAACAAACUCACAAAAGCUGGUAACACUGUGCAAGAAGAGACUUUAAAUCUCCUGCACACUGAGGCAAAGGAUGGUCAUUUUGCCACAGAUAUGGAUUCAGAAACAGCAGACAUUGUAGAGUCAAAACUCACUGAGAAAUCAAUGCCAGCAGUUGCUUCACCAGUCAUGAGAGCUGAACGCAUUACACAGAUUCCUGCUGUCAUUGUAGAUGUUGAUUCACCAACGUUAUUAUCAGACAGUCUUCAGUCACAGUUGCAAACACAAUGUACAGAUACUGAAGGCUCAAGAGCAGAUGUAUUUUCCCAUACAGAUGUCAAAACUCAACAGAGGAGCUCUGCUGGCACAGAGAAACCUGAAGAACAAGAGCCUGAAGGAUUGCUUUCAGAAAAGGACAAUGUGAAAUCACUUAGCUUUGUAAUGCAGGAAGCUCUUCAGCCCAACACUUCUGAGAUCAGGAAGACUGAUAUUGAAAAAGUGAAGCAUGUAGUCACUGAUGCUGAAACAUCAAGUCAUAUAGAUGCCCGUGCUGAAGACAAUAGACUAGGGAUUAAAACACUUAAGCAGGAAAUCACAAUUUCUGAGAUACAAACAUCUGCAGAGCCUUCAAAUGAAGCAAAUGUACAUCAGAAAACUCAAAAUGAUGGUAAAGGUAGGAAAAAGAUCAGGAAAUCAGCUGAUGCAGAAAAAUCAGACAAUAUCAGUACUAUAAAGCUGGUAUCCAGAUCUGAAAAUAAAAGCACAACUGAUUCAAAAAGUCUUCAAACUUCUGAGAUCAUACUGCCGGUCACUACUGAUACUUCACUGAAUGUGUCUUCAACCUGUAGUCAGUCAAGGACCACAAAGUCAGUGAUUUCAGAAGAAAAACUCACAGAAGCUUUGAACACUGUGCAAGAAGAGACUUUACAUCUCCUGCAAACUGAGGCAAGGGAUGGAUAUUUUGGGGCUGUUGGAGUUUCAGUGGUUGGAGGUGCUCAUGUUGAAGCCACAGAUAGUGUGGUUUUAGGAACAAGAGACAUUGUGCAGUCAAAACACACAGAGAAAUCAGCGCCAACAGAAGCUUCACCAGUCUUGAGAGCUGAAUGUAUUACACAAAUUCCUGCUGUCAUUGUAGAUGUCGAUUCACCAACAUUAUUAUCAGAGAGUUAUCAGUCACUGUUGCAUACACAAUGUACAGGUCCUAAAAGCUCAAAAACAGAAGAGUUUUCCUAUACAGAUGUCAGAAAUCAAUGGAGGAGCUCUGCUGGCACAGAGGGACCUGAAAAACAAAAGCCUGAAAGAUUGCUUUCAGAAAAUGACAAUGUGAACUCGAGUUGCUCUGAAAUAAAGGAAGCUCUCCAUCCCAAAACCUCUGAGAUCAGGGAGACUGGCAUUGAAAAAAGUGAAAAAGAGAAGCAUCAUGAAGUCACUGAUGCUGAAAGAUCAAGUCAUAUGGACACCUGUUCUGAAGACAAUGAAUCAGGGAUUAAAACACUUAAACAGGAUGUCACAAUGUCAGAGAAAUACACAUCUAGAGAGCCCUCAAAUGAAGCAAACACACUUCAGAAUCCUCAGAAUGUUGCUGAAGGCAGGAAAAAGAUCAAGAAAUUAGCUGAUGCAGAGAAAUCAGACAAUAUCAGUACUAUAAAACUAACAUCUAGAUCUGAACAUAAAAGCACAGCCGAUUUAGAAAGUCUUCAUACUUUUGAGUUUAUGGUGCCGGAAGCUACAGAUACUUCACUGAAUGUGUCUUCAACCUGUAGUCAGUCAAAGAGUACAGAAGACAAACUUACAGAAGCUGUGGACACUGUGCAGGAAGAAACUGUGAAUCUUCUGCAGACUGAGGUAAAACAUGAACAUGUUGAGACGAUUAGCUUCUGUGCUGUUGGAGCAGUGGGGGACAUGCAGUCAACAUUCACAGAGGACUCAGGAUCAAUGCUAACAGAUGCUCCGCCAGUUGUGAGAGCUGAAUGUAUUACACAGACUCCUACUGUCAUCCCAUCAGACUUACAGCUCAGUCAUGCUGAAGCCCAGAAGACAGGGGAUUCAGAUGGCAGUUCUCUUUCCCAGUCUGAAGAAAUGCAAAGAACCAAUGCAAAUCCAUCUGCCAGGAACAAAUCAACCCAAAAUAAAGGAUCAGAAGAAGAUGGUGAAGAUCAAACGAGGCCUUUGGAGCAACCCGCAGGGACAAAUAUAUGGACCACAUUAAUAAACGCCACCACUACUGUUCAGCCACUUCUGAUGAGCAGUCAAUGUUCUGAGGAAUCUUGGCCAAAGGCAAAUUCCUCGUUUCAGAACGCAUUGCUUUCUGAGCCUGACAGCAGUCUGGCAUGGACUGUCCUGCAUGUUUACAGAUGUCAGUACCGACCAGCCCAGCUCAACAUUGCACAUAUGACUCAUCAGCUGGAAGAAGCUGAGACCUGCCGUCAAUGUGUCAUGGAGCAGGUGGCUAGGCUUUCUCAUAAUGAAUGUAGUGUGGGACACCCUACAGACUCUGAGAAGGGCAUGGAUGCUAGAUGGAGCGCAGUACUGCUGGCUACCUCAACAAUGGCAGAGCUUAAAAAGGCACAGCUACAACAUAUUACACAGUACCACCAGCAAAAACAGGCUCUUAUGAUUACUCUAGACAAGCUAGAGGCUGAGCUCAGCACACUGACACUGGGUUGUAUUGAAAGCAGCACCCUGCAAGCAGAAAAGCUAAACGCAUUCCUGAAGAACAUGCAGAAGAAUAGAGGCAUGCUUGAGGAUCUUCUACAGACUUGCUCUCAGAUCUCAGCCCAUCUUGGUGAGGCAGAGGGACAUGUGGCCUGUAUUGAACCUGUCAGGACCUGUCAGGAAAGAUGGCAGACUCUAGAGCAGACCGCUUUCAGGAGUCUGUGGUGCGCUAACAUAUGCACAACAGAAGCUUCCGCACUCCUUCAAGAGUCCAGAGAGCUGCAGUUUGAAAUGGAGCUUCUUGUGAAGUCAGUUUCCUCUGGCCACCUCUCUCAAGGACAGAUUGAUUGGCAAAAUGCAAUACGGGACACCAUGAGAGCUGCAGAUCUGGCAGUGUUAACAGAGCGCUGCUUGUACCUGCAUGAGGUCUCUCAAGCUCUUUUUUCAAGUCCACUGGGAAAGAAAGAGAUCAGAGAUGUAGAAGACACAAUCCAGGCUCUGAAUUCUCAACUUGAACUGACUAAGGAGAAGAUUGGCUGCCAGACUCCAAAUAGCAGUGAUCAUUCAGCUGUAGUGAGGAUUAUUAGGGACUAUGUUACAUGGGCCAAACAAAUGGAAAGCAGAAUCAGCAGGAGAAGGAGGAUGUCUCUAUUUCCAGAAGAGGCAAGUCAUCAAGUCAACCACAUGAAGAAAUUGCAGUCUGAAACAUCUCUUAAGAGGUUUCAGUUGGCCUCUGUUUUGAAAGAAAUUAGAGAAGAGGUUACUGAGCUUGACGAGGAAGAGUCUAAAGCCAUGCUGUCCACCUUCGAUUCCUUGGAGGAGCUGUAUAAUAACACUGCAAAAAAGACUGAAUCUGCCCUUGAAGAAAUGAAUAGAACGUUGCUUAUUAGAGAUAGACUGUGGAAACAGAUCACAGACAGCAGCUCUUGGUUGACCUCAGUGUUGGAAAAAGAGUCUGGAAAGUCAGUGGCUUCUGAACCCAAAACUACCAUUCCAGAAUUGAGGGUUCAGCUUCAGGUAUGCACAGAGGCUUUGAAGGAUGCUGAGAGACAAGAAAAUAACUUGGAGACUCUAUUGGAUGAUUCCAAGACUAUGAAUAACGGUCUGAGUUUACACGAAAGCUUUCAGCUGAUUGACAGGCUUGCUGCCUUACAAGAAGAAGUCUCCAGGGUUGUGAACCGUAGGUUUGCCUCUCGCUGGGUGAUUGAAGAGCUCCUUCAUUCUCAGGAAUCUUCAGCUGAGGAACAGAACGUCAUUCAGAAAAGCUUAAGACAGAUAGGUGCUGAUAUCAUGAGACAGAAGUAUCCCGUAACAAGGGACUCCCUCUUGGCUCUUGAGUCUGUUAAACACAUGCUGAUGGAGCUCCUCUGCAAGGUGCCUGAAGUUCCACAUUGUCCAGAACCUCGAAGGAAAGAAAUGCUCAAUGCUAUUGUAGACCUUCAGAGAAAAAUACAUCUGCUGGAGCUGCAAGCCAAAGAGCAUGAAGAGUACCUUACUUUAAAGCAGCAGUUGGAGAACUCCAGAGAAGUGAUGAAGAAGAGUUUGUCCCAAAUUGUUGACUCAAGUUUAAGAGAUGAUGUAAGGGUUGGUUUCUGUCAGGAUGUCCUGGCGAAGCUUCCUCUGGUCAGAAUGGCAUGUCAAGAGACAGCAGACAAAAUAGAGGCCAUUUCAAAAGAUCUUUAUCCAUCCCAGCUGACAGCCGAAAGGCAAAAGAUCCGUCUGGUUGUUGAGCAGCUAGCUUCUUGGGAGGUAACAUUCAAACAGGAGGCUAAAAUCCUCGAGUGCUCUGUAGCGGAGCGAUUUGGCAGUCCCACUGACCUUAGUCCACCCAUUCAGCUCUUCAAUAGUGUCAGACAGAGGUUGAAGAAGACCAUCUGCCUGAGGCCAGAUAAGAAGACCAUUGAUGCAGAACUACAAAACCACUGGAUGGUGAUCCAGACCAUUGAGUCGGUGCUACGAAUGUUGGAGAGCAGCAGGAAAGGAAAAGAGAACGAAAGCUACAAGACAACAAUUGAUCUUGGAAAGAAAACUCUUAGGGAUUGCAGUAUUUAUAUGGACAAGCUGCUCCAAGCUCAGGAGGCAUUAAAGCACUACCACUGGGCUGUUCAGGGUGCAGAGAGCUUCCUUCAGCAGAUCAAAUCCAGUUUAAUGAUCUCCUCCACUGGCUUUAAAAAUGACCGAGAGGAGCUCCGCUAUAUUCAACAGAUCUUCAGCUCUCUUGCUGAGGGUUUCCAGGCCCGUUUGUCAGAAAUUGGUGCUUGCGUGCCCCAGCAAACAUGCCUCUCCAUCCCUCUCACUGAGCAGCUUCAUAUAGAGGUUUUGAGUUGCUUUUUAGUACAAGAUGCCAAAUUAGAAGCUCAGGCUCAAUUCCAACUGGAGGCCUUACAGAGGCGCAUGAGAGACCAAACCGUACACUUGAGUCAUCAUGAAGAAAUGAGCCAGCUUCUCAAAAAUGCUGAUUCUCAAAUCUCUAAAUGCUUCAGUCACAAACCCACUGAUCCUGAAUCAUGCCAAGUACAUCAGCUGAAAGUGAAGGUGCUCCAGACAGAACUAAAGAAACUGGCAGAAAGUCUAGAGGAACUGAGGGAACAUUGUCCUGGUAGUCGUUGCAGUGCACCUGUGGAUCUGAUGCUGGGACAUCUGUGGAGGUGUUGGGCUGUGAUGAAGAACAGAGUGGAAGCACUUAAAGCCAGCACAUCCCAUAAAGAAGCAGAGUGGAGAGAUUUCAUGAUUCGGCUUAAUAAGUCAAAAGAAGGUCUUCACAGACUUCAGACUGAUCUCCCAGACUCAUCUCCGCUGACGGGAUCACUUGUGGAUCUUCAGGGUUUUUUGAGCCUCACUGAUCACCUUCAGGACGGGAUUGAACAGGAACAUCAAACUCUGGCAUCACUACAACACCAUGUGACUCGACUGCUCGGGGUUACAAAUCUGCAGCAGUUGAAAGAAUCUCCUCAAAUCUGUCAGGACCUGCAGUCUUUAUUGGGUCACUGCAGAAGUCUAAGAGAUCAGAGCAAUAGCAUCCGCAGAGAGCUGCUGUUUGAAAUGCAGGAGUUUGGUCGCGUGCAGGAGGAGAUGAGCUCCAUUCAGCAGAAUAUUCUCUCUCUUUUGACUGUUUUACAGUCCGAAUCAGCUGCCGAACACCUACAGGAAGUCAAAGUGGAACUGGUGUCACAAAAGGCUCGACUGCAAGAUGUGAUGGAGCGAGUGAUGAAGAGAUGGAGAUCUGUGCCCUCGGAGAUUCACAUCUUACAGAAUGAGCUCAAUGCCUCACUGCAGGAGGCAAAGGACAAAUUGGCCAUGGUCAUGGAGAAAAGUGGUCCUCUCCGUAAAAUGGGAGAGCAGAUUGGAGAAGUGACGGUGGGCUUGUUAUGUGUUCAGGGUCUGCUGAAGCAAACAAGUCCUAAUUUUUCUGAGGCUGAACGUACACAAAAGCGAAUAUGGGAUGAGCUGGACCAGUGGCACACUCGGAUAGCUGAGUUAGAGGGCGAAGUUCAGGAUCUGGCAGAACAGCAGCCUGAGAGAGCACACAUCCUCAUGGACCAGCUCACACAGCCUCUGCAGCUCUACCAGACCACAGCCAAACAGGCAGAGCACAGGACAGCCCUCAUCAGCAAAAUCCCGGCCUGUCUGCAGGACUAUGAGGCUUUACUCAGUAGCACCAACUGCUGGUUGAAGGAGGCUGAGCCCUGGCUGCUCACACCUAGAACCUACACCACUGCCAAAUGCAUCCACGGACACGCCAACUCACUUAAAAUGAUGUUAGACGAAUCAGAGGGCUACAGGGCAGCUCUGGAGACGUUCAUGCCUUCCCUUCAGGAAAUCAGUCCAGUGUUUGACAUCUCCCCUCAAAAACAGCUGCUCCACCUGGGGAUGCAAAACAUCACACUCAUGCAGCAAAGCGUUCUGGAGCCUCUCUCUCACCUUCAGCACCUUGCAGCUGAGAUGGAUGCCAUUGAAGCAGAGGUGAAGACGAUGGAGAAAAAUGUAACUAAAAUCAGAACAAUUCUUUCAGCCUCUGACACACAAAACAUCUCUCCCGAGGAGCAUCUGGAAAACAUACAGGUCAUUCUGGAUAAUGUCCAGUCCAUGAAGAGGACCAUUGAUGAGAUCGAGAGCUGCAGGCCAGGUCUGGGUCUUCCAGCAGGGGCAGAGCAAACUCUCACAGUCUUCAGUCGCUCUCAAGAGCUCCUGCAACCCAUCCAAGAGCUCCAGCAGCUCAGUGUGCAGCACAGCGCAGCACUAACGGCCUCUAUUGGACAGCCAGCUGAAUUGAUUCUCCCUUCAGACCAACCCUCAGAAGUGCCGAUGCCACAGCUUUAUUCUGAAGAUGUGAAGCAGAUGUCUGUGGACGGGCUUUACACUGAGGAGGAAGAUGAAGACAGUCGGUCUUCAUCCUCAGGAACUCUCACAUGCAGUGUUCCAGAGGACCCAGAUGAAACAAUGGUGGAUGAAGAUAUUAAGUCAGAAUCAGCUCCAGCUUUAACAGAGUAUGACUUUAAGGAACCAACUACUGAAAUAAAAAAAGAUUUUGUGACGAUCGAGCAUGAAUCACAGGACACAGAAUAUUGUUUACUGGAGUCUUCAGAAUCCUCUGAAAAAGACAGCAAACCAGAGACUGAAGAGACAAAUUGUCUGUCUGCACUAACAUCGCAACACUUACAAGAAUUUACAAAUAAUAACAGUCUGAAACCUGAUGCCACAAAAAUAGCUGAGAAAAAUCUAAACGAAUACACAGAAACCGAGAUGCCUGAUACAGAAUCAGCCAAGCCAGGUAAAGACUCAGGAACCAAGAUGCCUGAUACAGAAUCAGCCAAGCCAGGUAAAGACUCAGGAACAAAGAUGCCUGAUACAGAAUCAUCCAAGCCAGGUAUAAACUUAGAAACUGAGAUGUCUGAUACAGAAUCAGCCAAGCCAGGUAUUGAUUCAAAAAUCACCAAGUUACAAAGUGAAGAAGAUCUUCAAAAGAUGUCUGAAUCUGGGGAUGAGAAAGAAGAACCUAUGAAUGGUGAAAUGAGCACAAGAAAUUCAAUUAAAACUACAGUUCAUAAUGAAGGUUUAAUUUCAAAGACACUCGACACUGACCCAAUAAAUGUUACUGAUGGCGAUCAGACCCAGACAGAGGCAAAACCUCCAGACGCUAAUGCUUCUCUUGGCAUCACAGAAUCUGUUUCACAGGAAGAUGCAAUGCUGGAUUUACAGAUAGAUGUGAAUGAGACAGCCGUUUACCAGAGCAGCACCCCAUCUCAGGAACACACACUUCAUCAGACAACAGCCGUCAGCAAGUCUGAAGAUCAGGAGAGUUUGGUCCAGCUUCUCUCCUCAUUGAAGGAAACAUCACAGGAUAUCAGUUCUUCUGAGACUAGACAGCAUCCGUUGGAUGUUCCUGUGUCACUGCUGAAUGCCACUCAGACUCAAGACGCAACCAAACUCCUCAAGGAUUUCUCAAGCACCAAGAAUGUGCAGGGCGGCACCUGGAUGUUAGUUAUUGACCAAAAGAAAACAGCGGGACAAAAUACCGAGGAGAUUCAGAGAUGCUGUGAAGCUCUUUUGAAAGGUCUGCAGGGUCUGCUAGAUUUGGGCUCUGAUCGGCUCCUGCGCAGUCAGGAUGAAGUGCCACACAACUACAGCCAACUGCACAAUCUACUUGCUGGACACAAGAAAUACUUCCAAGAUAUGCAGCAGAAUCUUGUGAUGGUAAAGCUGCUAUUCCAAAAGCUGCCAGAAGGGGCAGUGCAGGGCCAAGCAGAAGUUGAGGACCUGAUAUCGGAUCUACUGCAUCGAGCACAAAGACAAGGCAUCCAAAUGCAGCAAAGCUCAGAGAAGUGGUCUCAGUAUGAGGAGGUCUCUCACAGACUGCACAGCCGGUUGGAUGAGCUGGAGACAGACAUGUCCAGUCUCAAUGUAGAGCCGAAGGGAGACCUGCAAGGUCAGCUGCGGUCCUAUGAGAAGCUGCACAAGAUCCUGGAAGACACAUGUUCUCAGGUUUGGGAGACUGAAGACUGCCUCAGGUCUCUACAGAAACAAGGUUACUGUUGUGAACGGAAAUUCCAGACUGUCUCAAAAUCCCCACUGUUGAUGCACUGGAAACAUCUUCAUAAUCAGCUACAGCAGAAGAUACAGUCUACACAGAAAAUCAGAAUGAAUUAUGAGAGGUUUCAGCGUGACUCAACAGAACUAGAGGAGUGGAUGAGAUGUGCUCAUGAACAGCUUCAGAAGUGGAAGAGUUUCUCUGGUUCAGAUACGCCGGAGUCCAGAAUGGCUUUUACCCAGCUCAUGGAGUUCUUCAAGGAUCUGGAGGUUCGUUCUGCACAGAAAGUGUCAGCAGAAUCCACAGGCACACAGAUCCUUCAGCUAACAAACAGUGAAGCCCCAGAUCUGCGGACACGACUGGCUAACCUCCAGGAGGAAUGGACAAAACUGACCAGCGUGCUGCCCGCUCUUCAACAGACACAGCAAGAACUGUUGGAAGGCCAGUCAGACAGUCAGAUCUUGGCUGAUUUGUCUUCCUGGCUGCAGCAUAUAGAGAGGCGGCUGGAGGAUGAAAGCUCGGGGGUUCAUUGUGCCCUGGAUUCAUCAGAGCUGUCUAGACAUUUACAAGCUUUAAAGCAUGUUAAGGCUGAAAUAACCAAUCAGCAGCCAUGUGUUAACUUUCUGAACCACCGAUGCAUGAAAGGGGCAGAGUCAAUGAAUGAAUCCACCAAUCGCAGUGAGCGUAUCCUCUUAGCUGAGCAACUUGGAGCUUUCAAUCUAAGAUGGCUUCUUCUACAGGCUAAGAUUGGCUGUGUGAUACAUGAUGUGGAGGACCAAUGGCAAGCCUGUGGAGACAGAGAAAAGCUAUUGCGCUGUAUACACAGCUGGAUUUCUCAGCAUAUGGAAUGGGUGAAGAACAGCUGGAGACCAGGGAGCUGCUCACAGAUUGAGCAAACAUUACAAGAGUGCGAGGGCACAGAGAAGCGGCUGCAGGUGAAGUCCAUUGAGCUGAAGGGCUUGGAAGCUCUUCAUCUGUUCAAACAGCAGGACAGAGAACAUCCUGGAGAUCAAGCAUUCUCCAGGCAGCUCAAUUCAGCCAUAGAGGACUGCCAAACUUUGAGCCAACAGAUAAAUGCUCUCAGGUCAGAUUUGCAGCCAAUCAAGGAUGAGUGGGUACGCGUUGAAUCUAAAAUGAGUGCAGCAGAACUGCAAACAACCGGGGUGAUCUACAGACUGGAGCUCUGCAGAGUCCCAGUGUUCUCAUCUGAGCAGAGCCGAAGUCACGUGGAACAAAUACAAGAGCUUAAAAGGGAACUAAAUCAACCAGACAUCUGGACAUGCUCAACUGAGGUGCUCUCUAACUUGAAAGAAAAAAUCAAGCCCUUUGCAUUUAAACUUCUGUCUGAUCGCCUUGAGAAGGAGAGAAUCCGACGUCAUACAGUAACUGAAGACGUUUGUGAAGAUUUGCUAAAAGCCCAGAAUGCAUUGCAGCUCUGGCUGGGAUAUGAGCAUCUCACAGAAGAGUGUCGUGUUCUUUUGAAUCAGCAUUGGGAGAGACUUGGAGAGCUUAUGAAUUCAUCAGAUAGAGAAGAAAACACUGUAGAAAUGCUCAUCAGCAGGAUGCAGUACAUUAGUGCUCUGGAAAAAGACCUGACAACCUUGCAAAGCAAUGUGGGUAAAGUCAUGGAGGCCUCAAAGCUUCUCAUCGGUCAGAUGCAACCCCAGUCAGCCCCCCUAAUCAAAUCAGAAACCAGGCUGCUGUCACGUGACCAUGUGCAUCUUGGCAGGGUGCUUUCUGAGAUCAGGAUUCAAGUACAGGAGGAGCUGGAGGAGCAGCGGCACUUCAGCACUGAGCUAAAAUCCAUCGAGAAGCAAGUAAAGAACUUUGAAAGCAUUAUGAGCUCCUCCACUACAAGCAUGGAGAGACUGAAGAUGGUUCUGUUAGAUCUGAGUGGGCUGAACCCUAACCUUGCUGCUCUGAAUCAAAGGAGCCUCAGAUGCUCUUUAAGUUCUGCAGAGGAAGAGAGGUUGCAGACCCUUAACACGCAGUGGGGUCAGGUGUUCUCUCAGGCUACAGAAAGACACAGGAAGAUGUAUGGAGAGCUGCUGCGUGAUCAGAACUUCCAGCAGAAGUGCCAGUGCUGGAUGGAGCUCCUGGACAAAAUGGAGACUGAUUUAGCCAAUCCGACACCUGGAAACUGUUCUUCUGUAAGAGAUCUUCUUGCUGCACAUCAGAGGCUGAAAGUGGAGUUCCUCAUCGGCCAGCCGCUACAGGAUGCCAUAAUCAAUGAGGCUUUACACUUCCUGGAAAGCAGUCAGAAUGAAGACAGGAGUUCACUUCUCUUGAGACUGACCCAGCUGAAGACACGCUGGCAGGAGACCCAGCAGAGGCUGCAUCAACAUGAGACACGUUUGGAGGAGCUGAUGGGACAGUGGCAGCUAUAUGAAGCCGGUACAAGGAAACUUUCAAGAUUAUUUAGACACAUGGAAGAACUUCUCUCUCCAGCAGGCCUGGCACCAUGCAGCCUACAGCAACUCCAGCACUCUAUAAAAGACUUUGAGUGGACUGAGGAACAGCUUCAGCUUCAUGAAGGCCUCUACAGGCAGACUGUGAAGGCUGGAGGACAGAUUAUUCCUAUAGUAGAUACGCAGAUGCAGAAGAGCCUGAAAACGCAACUGGAUGCCCUUAAGGAUACAUGGGAGCCAAACAGUGACCUUGUGCAGAAAAGAAAGGCCCUUGCAUACACCAUAACUCAGAACUGGAAGCUCUGUGUCACUGGAUUGGUUGAUAGUGCUCUUAAACUGGAUGAGAUAAAAGCAAGAUUGAAGAGUCCGCUGCCCGAGAAAAUAGAAGAUCUGAAGAAACAUGAACAGCUGACUAAGGAGGACGAGGACUUGCUGCAGAUUUGGAUUGUAGGACUGAAAGAGUUGAGCACCAUGAAGGCAGACGUGUCCCAGUAUGUGCUGCCCACGGACACUGCACUGCUGCAAGGACAGGUGGAGGAACUUCACUGCCAGUGGGAAGAGCUAUGCUUGAAGGUGUCACUUCGUAAACAGGAAAUCGCUGACCGACUGAACGCCUGGAUCAUCUUCAAUGAUAAAAACAAGGAGCUUUGUGAUUGGCUGACGCAGAUGGAAAAGAAGGUGGCACACAGAGGCGAAAACCUUAGCAUUGAGGAAAUGGUGGAGAAACUUAAAAAGGACUGCAUGGAGGAGAUUAACCUCUUCAGCGAGAACAAAAGCCACCUCAAACAACUCGGCGAGCAGCUCCUGUUGGCCAGCGACAAAGCAAAGGAGACUGAGAUCCAUGGAGCCCUGCGAGAUGUCAAUGACCGAUGGCAGCAACUGUUUGAUCACAUCGAGGGCCGGGGGAAGAAGCUGACCGAGACUUUGGUGACAGUACAACAGUUGGAUAAGAACAUGAAUAACCUUCGCUCUUGGCUCACGCGCAUUGAGGCUGAGCUAUCCAAACCAGUUCACUACAGUAUCUGCCAUAGAGAAGAGAUUCAGAAGAGACUGGCAGAGCAACAGGAUCUGCAGCGUGACAUUGAGCAGCACACGGAGAGGGUGGCGUCUGUGCUCACGCUGUGUGAUGUGCUUCUCCAUGAUGAAGAUGCCUGCAGCAGUGAUGGAGAGAAUGACUCCAUCCAGCAGACCACACAGCGCCUGGACCAGCGCUGGAGAAAUAUCUGCUCCAUGUCUCUGGAGAGGAGACUGAGGAUUGAGGAGACGUGGAGACUGUGGUGUAAGUUUCAGGAGGAUUACUCUUGUUUUGAGGACUGGCUGAACGCUGCGGAACGCACUGCUGCUGAACCCAAUUCAUCAGAUGUCUCAUACACUGAUGCCAAAGAGGAACUUCACAAAUAUGAGGUUUUCCAGAUGCGGGUACAUGAGAGCCUGACUCAGUUGGAGAUCAUUAAUAACCAGUACAGGCGACUGGCGUGGGAGAAUCGCACUGAUGCCGCCAGCAGACUCAGAGCCAUGGUGCAUCAGGGUAACCAGCGCUGGGAUGCACUUCAGAGGAGAGUGGCUGCAAUAUUGCGGAGACUAAGACAUUUCACAGGCCAGAGGGAAGAGUUUGAGGGAACCCGUGAGAGCCUCCUCGUCUGGCUGACUGAGAUUGAACUUCAGCUCACUGACAUGGAGCACUUCUCAGAAAGCCAUCAUCAAGACAGGAUGAAACAGCUGAAGAGUUUCAAGAAGGAAAUCACUCUGAACACCAACAAGAUCGAUGCUCUGAUUGUGUUUGGUGAGGGUUUGAUUCAAAGAAGUGCUCCUUUAGAUGCUGUAGUGAUAGAAGAUGAGUUGGAGGAGCUACACACAUACUGCCAAGAGGUGUUCGGCAGAGUGGCCCGAUUUCACCAGCGCCUCACCAGCCUACGCCCGUUGCAGGAGCAUCCAGACGUGUAUGAUGGCGAGCGGUCGAGAGAGACACAGAGUCCUCCUUCCUCUAGUCAGCCCUCCAUGUGCUUGUUAUCUCCACCUCAGGAGCGUUCAGGACGUGAAACCCCCGUCAGUGUAGACUCCAUUCCUCUGGAGUGGGACCACACUGGGGAUGUCGGCGGCUCUUCAUCACAUGAUGAGGAGGAGGAGGAUGCUGCCUUCUUCUCAGCCCUGUCAGGACAGAAUUGGCACUUCCAAAACAUGCCUGAAAGGAAAUCCUUCCAGCUGGAGUCAUCCUCACCUACACACACCAGCACUCCCUUUAAACAAGGCUAUGUCCAGCUGAUGUCUGAAUGCAGCGGCAGCAUCAAGAGUGUGAAGAGGGUUUCUAUGAUCCUGGAUGAUGAAGAACAGCAGGAGGAACAAGGACUCACUGGCCUCAACACUGCAGACAAACAGUCAGGAGUGAUUGAGCGCUGGGAGCUGCUGCAGGCUCAAGCAGUGAGCAAAGAGCAGUGCAGAACCAGAGACCCCCAGCAGCUGACUUCAGACCUGCAUGACAUCACUUCCUGGCUGGAUUGCAUCACUCUUGAGCUGGACAUGCUGCAGAGGCCUGAGACAUCAGCCAGUGUGGAGGUCUUAGAGGAGAGGGUCAAACAACUAAAAGAAAUGCAGAAGACUUUUGCUCGCUACAAGACCAUGAUGCUGUCUCUCAACCUGUGUGGCCGAGAGCUGCAGCAAGAGGCCUCUGGGGGAGCACCUGAGCUUCAGGAGGGUCUGCACAGCAUGAAUCAACGCUGGACGGAGGCUUGUGCUGGUCUCGAGCGGUGGGAGGACAGCCUACGUAACACCCUUGUGCGCUGUCAGGAGUUUCACGAGAUGGUUCACUCUCUCCUGCUAUGGCUGGCCCAUGCAGAGAGCCGACGCUACGCUGUCAACAUGAACGAUGCCUCUGUGCAGCUGUCCACGCUUCAGGAACACACACAAACACUAAAGGAUCUGGCGGUGGAUCUUCAGGGCAGGCAGAAGCAGGUGAACUCUCUGCAGGACAUCGCCUCUGAACUGCUCCCGGAGGCUGGAGGAGAGGACAGUACCGAAGCCAAAGAGAAACUCCACGUCAUCGGAAGCAAACUACGACUGCUGUCGCGUCAGGUCGAGCAGGACCUCCAGACCAUCCAGGAGAGACUGGGGUCCACAACUGAUGCUUCAGGAGACCAGAAAUCCCCUGAGUGCUCUCGGUGGAAUGGUGAGCCGUCUCCUCAGCGCUCGUUCUUCUACCGUGUGUUGCGAGCCGCUUUCCCUCUUCAUCUGCUGUUCCUCCUGCUGCUGGUUCUGGCCUGUCUGGUCCCGCUCUCCGAGGACGACUACAGCUGCACUCUCUCCAAUAACUUUGCUCGCUCUUUCCACCCCAUGUUACGGUACACCAACGGCCCUCCUCCAACAUGAGUCCCUCAUUAUCCCAGGCGGACUCAAACAUGCACCUCACUUUUGUCCAAGCAAUAUUUUAACAGAUGUAUUUAUACGAUCGAUUUUAUACUAUUUAUUCCCCUCUAUGAGAGCCAUACUACUGAGAAUUUGUUGUUAACGUUACAUUGUGAUCAAAAUUUCCUUCGUCUCGUCACAAAAGUCAAUCAUUUAAUGAGCAUGAAUGUAUUUUGAACUUAUUAUUAAUAUUAUUAUUAUGUUUUAUUAGAUUUAUGCUCUGAUUAAAGAUUAAAAGAGUUUGGAAAAUACUGUACUAUAACUUUGGGAUUAUGUUGUCCCAUUUUUACAUUUUCUACACUAUGAAAGCCCCCAAAAACAAUGCUAAAUACACAUUUAAAACAUUUUAAUUCACCCAAGUGUAAAUAACACAUUGUUACAUAUGCGUUGCAAAGUCGAACACAAAGACGUGUGUACAGAAAGUCAACUUUGAAAACAUUUUACAAAUUAAACGUAUGUUUUGUGUUUAAAAAUAAACAUUGUCUUCUUCAACUAAA